GCUGCGUCCACAUUUGGGAGUCCCGCAUUGAAUCAGCAACAGCAACAGCAACACAGCAGCAGCAGCAGAGGCCGUCCAGCGGACCACCGAACAUUAUGUCAAUGUCCUCAGAGCAGUUCAACAGCGCCGUGUACGACGUUAUGGCAAAGCGAGGUACGCCCCUGACGAGCCCACCCAUGCUCGCUGGACGACCCCUGGAUCUGCACCGCUUCUAUCACGGCGUUCAGGCCCACGGUGGGAGUGAAUCUGUGUCAAGAAAGAACCUUUGGCCCACGGUGGCGGCGUCGAUGGAGCUGGCACCGGCCGGAUCUCCUGCUCUGUACGCGCUUGGCACGGAGCUCGAUAAUGCUUUUCGCAACUACCUUGCGCCAUUCGAAGAGGUCUGGCAACGCGCAGUCCAGCAUCACUACCAGAUGGCACAGAUGCAGCGGCAGCAACAGCUCCAACAGCAGCAGGGCAUGCCACCGAAUGUGGCCAUUGGCGGGAUCAACAGCCAAGGCAGGCCCAGUCAAGCGGCGGUUCGCCCAAUGCAGCAGCAACAGCAGCCGCAACCGCAGCAGCAAGCUUUUCCAACUCAGGUUCCGCAGCAGCAGCAGCAGCAGCAGCAGCAGCAGCAACUGAACCAGGGACCUCGACCGCCGAUGCAACCACAGCAGCAGCUUCCUCAGGGGAUGCCACAGUUCCAGCCGGCGCCCAUCUUGCCUCCAGAAAAGCUCAAGCAGCUCAACAUGACGCAGGAACGAUUCAAUGUUCUUUUCCAGCAGCAGCAGAUGGCCAAUCAUUUUCAGAAGCAGCAACAAGCGCAGGCACAGGCGCAGGCCCAAGCACAAGCACAGGCACAGGCACAGGCACAAGCCCAGGCUCAAGCUCAAGCUCAGCAACAGGCUGGCAUUCAGGCAAGGCCACCGACGCCACAGAUGGGUCAGAACUUCCAGCAGCAGCAGCAGCCUGGCGGUGGAUUCCAGAUGCUACCUGGACCACAAGCUCAGCAGCAAGGUUUCAAUGCGCAGGCGCCCAGCGCACAGGCGAGAGCAGGCGUGGGAGGCUUCCAAGCGAGACCACCUGGUGGAUUUGGUCCCCAAGGCGCAGGAGGCCAGCCAAUGGGCGAGGGUCUCACGGAGCCGAGGUUGAUUCCCGUCUCCAAAGAGCAACUCGAUGAAGCAAAAGCCGUCAUGGCAAAGAUUGACGAAGAACUGGCAAAGAGCAGACCGCGCCUUACGGUCAACCGUGAGAUGCCCGAGGAUGAGAAGGAAGAGGUGCUCGCUGAGGUCGGCAAACUCGCCUGGGUCCUUGACACCGUCAAUGCCCUCCUGCCGGUAUUUUACGCCAUGCAGCACCAGAUCGAGCCGGCAAAAAGACUCAAGAUCAUGGCUUACAUGUUCAGGGACCAGCUCGAGCUUCUUCCAUCUCGCCAGUGCAUCCUGCGAAAGGCGGACCUGGAGAAGCUCAAGAUGCAGAUGAGCAGGUGCAUUCACUACGUCCGCACGAGCAAUCCGACAAUCUCACAGUUCAUCGUCGACGAGUACAAGAAGGAAGCCGAGGCUAACCGGCAGAGGCUAGCUCAGCAGCAACAGUCGCAGGGUCAGACACAAGGGCUCGCGAACAACAACGCAGGCGCCACAGGAUUGCACGGCAUCGUUCCAAGCGCAGGUCAGCCGCAGAUGGGUGGUGUCGACGGCGGCGGAGAUGAUGAUGCAGCGGCGAUGCAUGGCAUCAAGCGUGGCCUCCGUGUCGAGGACCUUCGACCACCGCCGAUCAAACGCGGCAAAGGACAAGGGCAGCCAGAGGCACAGAAGAUCGACUCGAGUCCUGCCGCGACAACGACUUCUCCCCAAACGGGAACUGGCUCGCCUUCCCUCGGCGCCAAGGGUGCUGCCGCAAAGAAGGGACAGGGUCAACGUGGAAAGGGCAAGAAGUCGCUCAAGCUUGACAGUGGCAAAGACGACGGCGUGUCGACCCCGACGCCUGCGCCGGCGACGGCUGCGACGGGCAAGACGCCAAAGCAGAAGCCAAAGACGAGCCAGGACAUUUUCAAUGAAGUCAAGGCCGAGAUGGCAGAGGCGGAGCGUAAGAAGACUCAGGAUGACGGCUUGCCACUGCCAUCUCAGGCUCAGGCUCCUGUGGAGAACCCCGCCAUGGUGGCAGAACGUGAGGCCAAUGAGAGGCGACAGAGGGCGUCUGAUCUCUCGAGGAACGACCCAGCCGGAUUCGCAGAGAAUGCUUGGCAGGAGCUCUUCAACGCUUCUGUUGUCGACGGUCAACAGCCUUCGAUGGCAGCGGGCACCACAUCGGGUGCACUGGAGAAUGGCGGCGUGUUGGACAACAAGAGCCUGUUGGGCCUGUCGAUGCCCAUGGCGGGUGGCGCAGGAACAGCUUCGUCCGACGGCACUUCGCUGGAGUCGAUUCUCACUAUGCUGGGACACGGCGUGCCCGCCGACUCGAACGACGACGUCGAAGGUACUCAAGGUCAGCAGCAGCCGCAACAAAGCCAAGCGGAGCAAGCCUCAGUGUCGCAGCAACACGGUUUGCCCACGUCGGACAAGCAGCAGUCACAGAUCCAGCUGUCCUCGGAUCAGACGGACGCUGUUGUGGACGUGGACCUCUUUGACUUCCUCGAUGCAGAGGCUAUUGGACCCGACGCCUACCCUCCUCAAGACCCUGAAGCAGAGCUCGCCAACCUCCUGUCGAUUCCGACGAAUAGCAGCCUCGAUGAACCACCGGUCGAGACGCCAGAGCUGGUCACUUCGUCCAAUCUGCCGUCGACGUCGACGAGCAGCUCCUCAGGCUCUUCGGCCAAGAGCUUGAAGAUGAUGGCGUCGACAGCGGCGAUGAAAGGCUCACAAUCACAACAGCAGGGUUUUGACAAGGCCGGGCCGAACAGCACGAGCCCGGCGUCGAUGCAGCAAAAGACCGGAAGUGGGCCAGCAGGCAGCAGCAGCGGUAGCAGCGAAGAUGAUGAUGAGGCCGACGAGCAGGCGACGCCGGCCGACGCACUCGCGCAGCUUGCCGUUGGCUUACCCGGCACAACCAAUCACAAAAAGAGGAAGUCGGAGGCCGGCAUGGCUGAUGACGAAGAGUGGUGGUGGGAGGCAAAUCACGUCGAGCAGCCAAACCCAUGGGCCGUCAUACAACAGUAGGACCCUCUUCAUUCUUCCUCUAUCCGUCUUGUCUUCCCAGUGCGCACGAUGAUU